AUUUGUAUGAUUUUGCAGUAUGAUCGUUUUAUCAGACUCAUGGAUAAACUCAAGGACCACACCCUUUGUCACGAGGAAGAAGAGUUCCUGAUGUCGUUUAGGAAACCCUUGAUAUCAACACUUGUGUACAAACAUAUGGCACCUGAAGUUGACGAUGAUGGGGAACUCUAUUAUCCUGGUGAAGGUUCUCGAAAAAGUUGUAAAGCAUCGGUGAAGGUGUAUCUCAACGGGACAGGAAAGUUUGAUAUCAACGGGAAAGACAUACUAUACUUCAGUGAUCUUACACACAGGGAGCAAAUUAUGACUCCGUUGGUGGUCUGUAACCUGCUAGGGAAAGUGGAUGUGUAUGCCACAACUAUUGACGGAGGACCAUCCGGUCAGUCUGGGGCCAUCAGACUGGCAAUCUCUAAAGCCAUGGCCGCAUACGUCGAUGAGACUACCAAGACACGCUUGAUGAUCGCCGGACUCCUGACCCAGGAUCCAAGGAAACGAGAGCGAGACAAACCAGGACAAGAAGGAGCCAGGCGGAAAUUUGCAUGGCGAAAACGAUAACCUGGAACACAGACAUUUGUUAUGGAUUUUUUCUUCUUCAAAACACUGGAUUUCAUGUCAAGGUGAUAUCAACUGCCAGCUGCUGUGUUUCUUAAACAAAUCGACCUUGAAGCAUCAACUGAGGAGUCGCCGAUGAACAAGAGGAAGAGAAGUGGAAUGUGAAAUUGUAUUUGGUUGCCAGUGAAUACCAUGUAAAAUAUUUUAAGAUUAUAUUGCCAAAACCUUAUUGUCAGUUAUCUUUUGAUAUAUAUUUUAUCACCCAAAGAAACUUCAAAACUUAGAGCCUGUUUUCCUCAAACAUUGUCAUGCUCAAACACAGACUCUGUAUUCAAGCUUACAAUAUGUUGUAUGUACCUAACCUUGUAGCCGAGUGUGAUUCCAAUAUUAAAUUUGUGACCCUGUCGUGGGACUUUGAAGGGCUUACCUUGUAGCCGAGUGUGAUUCCAAUAUUAAAUUUGUGACCCUGUCGCGGGACUUUGAAGGGCUAACCUUGUAGCCGAGUUUGAUUCCAAUAUUAAAUUUGUCACCCUGUCACAGGACUUUGAAGGGCUAACCUUGUAGCCGAGUUUGAUUCCGAUAUUAAAUUUGUGACCCUGUCACAGGACUUUGAAGGGCUAACCUUGUAGCCGAGUUUGAUUCCAAUAUUAAAUUUGUGACCCUGUCACAGGACUUUGAAGGGCUUACCUUGUAGCCAAGUGUGAUUCCAAUAUUAAAUUUGUGACCCUGUCGCGGGACUUUGAAGGGCUUACCUUGUAGCCAAGUGUGAUUCUAAUAUUAAAUUUGUGACCCUGUCACAGGACUUUGAAGGGCUUUACUUGUAGCCAAGUGUGAUUCCAAUAUUAAAUUUGUGACCCUGUCACAGGACUUUGAAGGGCUUUACUUGUAGCCAAGUGUGAUUCCAAUAUUAAAUUUGUGACCCUGUCACAGGACUUUGAAGGGCUAUAAGAAAGAUGUCUUAAGUUUGAGCAUGAGAACGGUGUUAUGAACACAGGGUCUAGUUUCCUUCGACAGACAAUUGUACAGCAUUAUUUGUAAAGACUAAUUGCCAUCACAGAGAGACCUUUACCAAACCAUCAAGAAAGUACAGUAUAUAAUUUAUAUACAAAGUAUUCUGGUUAAUAUACCUUCUGAUAUUAUCAAACAUUAACUGAUAGAAACUAGAUUUAAUUUUAUAUUAUCUAAUGAAAUGUGUUUUGUCUCAUCAAAAUAUGUGAAAGAUGUUCUUACUCUAAAGUUCCUCCCGAAAUGAAAUUAAAAAUCAUGCAUCUUAGAAUCCUAAGGUUCUGAAAGGUAUCUAUAUAAGGUUUAUUGUGAACUAUAACUCCCUGUGCGUAUUACCAACGCAUUUACAUCAAGAAUUGAUAAAAUAAGUAAUUUGAAGCACAUUUGUGACAGAUGAAGUUGUCGUUGAUAUCUUAAUGUUCCUGUGAGUGAAAAGCAGCUUCUGGUUGAAUUUGUGUUGAAUAUAAAAGAAUGGAAGUAUAAUAAAUGAUGUGAUGAUUUA